AUGGACAAGGACAGAGACAACCUUUGGUCCCGUCGUACAAACACAUCCUCGCAUGGCCGCAACAACCCCUUCAACUCUGUCACGCCUUUGAGCACUAGUGGAAUCUCUUCUCCUACGACUGGCGCUUCUGGUGCCUUCGGACUGGGCUCAGGCGCCUUUGCUUCGUUCGGCUCGGCAACAAAGACACCCAAGACACCGGGCACCGCCUUUGACUUUGCCAAAGCUGUCGUUGGCACACCCUCAUCCGCCAACUCGGCUGAGAAGAAGGACGGCGAUGACAAGAAGAGCUUUGCUAGGAAGGUUGCGCCCGUCACGACGACGCCUCGUCCCACCGCUUCACAAUCAAUAGAGUCGGCAGCACGAGGAAACGACAGCCCGUGGCCGCUCAAGUACACUUGGGUCAUCUGGUACAGACCCCCUACAUCCAAGAACUCGGACUAUGAGAAAUCUACAAGGCCCAUGUGCAAGAUAUCGACAGCACAGCAGUUCUGGCAGGUCUAUUCACACCUCAAACAUCCCUCUGGACUCCCUACUGUAUCGGACUACCACUUCUUCCGCGAUGGCAUCAGACCUGUGUGGGAGGACGAGGAGAACAAGAAGGGAGGAAAGUGGAUUCUGCGAUUGAAGAAGGGAGUGGCAGACCGCUACUGGGAGGAUCUCCUCAUGGCCAUGAUUGGAGACCAGUUUGCCGAGGCUGGUGAGGAGGUCUGCGGUGCAGUUGUCAGCGUGCGCAGCGGCGAGGAUGUGUUUAGCAUCUGGACCAAGAACGACGGUGGCAGGAACGUCAAGAUUCGGGAAACCAUCAAGCGCGUCCUGUCUCUGCCAGCAGACACCAACAUGGUUUGGAAAAGCCAUGAUGACAGCAUCACUCAGCGCAGCGCCAUCGACCAGGCCCGUCAGGAAAAGACGGGCCACCACGGCGAGAGACGCCGCAACCAGAACCAGAGCUCGACGGGGAACGCAAGCGGCGAGGAGAAGGCCGCAGCAUGA